AUGACAUUUCAGUCUUUAACCAUUAGACUUCAUAAACUAGCUGUUAUUCUGCUCCUUGUUCUAAUUAUUCUCUUUCUACUAGUGGUGGAAAUCUGUCUCUUCCCGGUUUUCUUGUUUAACCGAACUCUUAUUGAACGUAUUAUGGGUCUGUACGCUAAACUCAUCACCAAUACAAUCCUCUACAGUCUUAGAAUCGGCAAUCCACAUGCUAUUCGUUUCUGUGAUAACCAAGGCCAAACACAAACUAACUUAGCCCAAUACAAUGAUCAAAAAUCAUCCUAUAUUCUGGUUAGCAACCAUAUCUGUGCUCUAGAUACAGUUUUAGUCCGGUAUAUUGGUUUUGAGCUUCUGCAAGUUGAUACUAAGUACAUCUCUAAAGAAAGUAUGAAGUGGGUUCCUAUUGUUGGCUGGGCCAUGUACAUGUCUGGAUUCCUUUUCAUUAAACGGUCCUGGGAGAAAGAUGCCCAGAAUAUCAAAGACUGGUGUGCCGUCCGCCAACGCCAGCCUCGUCAAGCCCUUGCCAUCUACCCCGAAGGCACUCGUUUUACUCCAGCCAAGCACAAGCUUUCCCUUACCUACGCCAAGCAACACGGUCUUCCCCAUCUUAGCAAUCUCCUUCUACCACGCACUAAAGGCUUCCAACUCUUCACAACCGCCCUAGCCAAUACCAAGUUCACCCAAAUUCUCAACCUCACCAUUGUCUACACCGAAAAUAACCAACGCACUACUGCUCCUUCUCUUCUCCAAGCCCUUCUCCAUCCCCUACCCGGCACAUUCAACAUCCACAUCCAACCCGACCAACUCGCCACCAUCAAUGAUCCCAAUCAGUACCUUCUCUCCACCUUCACCAAAAAAGAUGCCCUUAUCACCAAUCUCUUCACCAAAUAA